AUGGGCAAUUCCUCAUCAUCUCCCGAAUGUGACGUCGAAAACUCGGUUCUUGAUGUCGAACUCGAGAUUGUAUCCGCCAAAAACAUCGCAGCUGGUGACUAUUUCGACAUGAAGGCUGCAAUCAAGGGCAAAAUCAGUUCCAGCGACGCCUAUGCGUUAAUAGAGGUGGCGGGUCAAAAAGUGGCUUGGACUCGACCCAUUUUUGACACACGCGAGCCCGUGUGGAACGAGAAGUUUUUUUUUAGAAAUGUCAAACCCGACACUGUCUGUAAACUCUUUCUUCUGGACGAAGACUUUGAUGGAGACGAUGCCCUCGGACAGACGCAAUUUACUGCGACAAAUACAAACGGCUCAGUUACGACGUUCGAAUUACCUAUCCACCGAAACGAGAAGCCAGCCGGAAGUAUUAUCGUCAAUGUCAAGUCACACUUUACCAAAGCGCACGGUGACGAUCAAUUGCAGCAGUACGGUCCGGUGCACUACUCGGAGCACAUCAGCUCAACUUCUGGUAUAUUGACUCAAACCAUGACGAAUGACGACAAGUUGCAGGCGUCGGCGUUCCACGUUCAACUGCAUAACAUUCCUCAUUUGCUGCCAACUGAUCACGAAUGGAAUAAAAAUUAUCCGACCAUCCAGAAGAUCUUCUCUCCUGACCAUCCCGAAUCUCCUGUGCUGCGGAAAGCCAUUGCCACUGAGCACGAAGUCGUGUAUCGACACGCAAGUACCACACAAUACGGUCUCCUUAAAGAAUCGUCCGACUUUUUCAAGCUGAUCAAUUACGGCCAGCGUUUGGAGAAGCGUGUACUGUUUACGUAUGCCAUCACUCCUACGGGCUGGUACUUUUCUGAGACGGGUGCAGCUUUCUUUAAGGACAUGCUAUCUAAGCACAUGUUGCACUCUGGCGCCGCCUUCGCAGUUAAGUACGCAGGGGAGUUUCACAUCGAAAAAAAUCUUUUUGGCAAGUACAAGCUUGUGAUCGACAACAACAGCGGCACGUAUGCUCCGCCCAAGGUCGAUUUGCCUAAGUUAAAGGAGCUUUUUGAGGUAAAUUUCCCAGGCAUCUCGAUUGAAGCCAAGGAUCGCGACGACGAGGAGCUCAAGAAAGCCCGUCAGGAGAUCCUUGAUGCCUGGGCGUAA